UGUCAGUGAGAGUGUGUGUGUGUCAGUGAGUGUGUCAGUGAGAGAGAGAGGUCUCAUUGGCCGGGAUGAAAUAAUGAAUCAAUAGAGAGAUAUUAUAGGCUCGUUGGAUUUUUUCUUCUCGUGACCGUGUUGUAAAUUAAAAUCAUAAUGACGACGGGUGAUGAUGUUGAUGGAUGUAAAUUUGAACGCCUUCUGUUGUAUUGUAGAGUCGUGUUUAACGCAUUGAGAGAUAAUCUGGAGAUCUUACAUCGUAAUUGAAAAAGCGAAACAUCCGAGCUAAUGAUUACUCUGGGUUGUUUAUUUAUUUAUUGUAAUUAUAUAAUAUUGCGUUAUAGUGGGGUCCCCCAUACCUUCAAAGUGCGGGGUCGGGGAGGGGGCCUAUACGCAUCUGGCAGUUCAAUAGCAUUGAUUCUAACGAGCCUGACAUGCUGAUGAGACACUACGUGUCGAAACCGAAUUAAUGCUGCUGAAAUGAUGCCCUCCUUGAAAAAAUACAGUGGGGUCGAUGGGAAUGUGUAAUAUAUAUUUUUUAUCUGGAAAAACAGAUAUGGAGAGGAUCCGCAUUGCUUAUACGAAUAUAUAUAUUUUUAAAUAAGCUUUGCUGGCUGGCUGGCAGGACGUCACCUCUGGAAGAAGGGAGAGACGGACGGUAGGUCACGUCGAAACGUCGUGUGGGCUGCUCGUCUGUUUGAAAACAGAUUAUAACGCAUUCGUAAAUAACACUUUGGUCUUAAAAGGGAGAAAAUAUAGUAGGCGACGUUUCGGGCAAUGGCCCUUCAUUGAUUGGCGGCGAGACCCUGCCUGCUGGUCGUCGUCUCGGCCACCGCAUCAUCAUCAUCAGCAGCAGCAGAAGAGUGCGCAAAGAGGGAUCGAAGCGGUGCGUGCUGGGCCAUUACGAGCUCGGCGGCGGUUGUGGACACGCUGCACGUGGCCGUCUGCAAUCCAGCGCUGUGGAGGCAGCAGCGAGGGUUUGUGGUGAAAUUCCCUCCCCGAGGGUGGGCGUCGAGGUGGUUCCCAUAUUGGGUCUGGAGCGUGUCCUGUGCCAGCAGCAGCACUGCACAGAGCCAAUACACGAGAAUGCGUGCUGGACCCUGUAUAGCAAGCAAUACGAUAAUACACAGCCUAACGACAAUAACAAGCGUCAUUAUAUAGAGCCAGUUGUAAAUCCACCGCUGGAUGAAGGCAUCCCCAUGGCCCGUUGGUCAUGGGGCGUUGUUUAACCAUACUUCACCACGCUCGUCAGUGCGCGUUGGUGAUGGGGACCUCAAGGAUCGCGGCCGAUAUUGGCCGUGGCCCGCAAACCAACUCAGGUGGCCGGGUUCAUAGUGAAGUGCGCUAACCACUGCGCCACCAUUCCACCCUCUGUGUGUACAAAGUUUACUUAAAAUAUAUUUCAAACAGGUUCACGAAUCUACUUGCUACACUGCUAUCUGUUGGCCACCUCGCAACUCAGCAGGGUCUCACAAGUCUCUCCGUGAUCCACCAACCCUUAUCUUAAAAGCGCAGGGUCACAAGUGGGUCUGUAUGGAUGAACGGCUCUGGUGGCUUCUACCGGAGCAAAAGCCCGUGGCAUUCGAGGUAAGCUGUUAAGGAUUAAAAAAAAACCUUUCAGUAUAGGGCCCUGCUACAUUGGGACGUUUGGCCAGUCCCGCGAACGAGAGUCUCUGGCUCUGUGUGUGAGAAACCCCGGAGACAACCCCAGCGCCGCGCCGCUCCACACCAGGGGGAGACUCCUCGCAGCCCCCAACGCCUACAGCACCUGGGCAAGCCCCUGCGUGGUUGGUCACCCAUCCAAGAAGCCCUCUCAUGGAUCAGUCCCGCUUAGCUUCAGAGAUCUGACGAGAUCGGGCACGCAUCCCAUGCGAUUGUGUCAUAGCCAAUUGCUCCUCUUCCAACGUUGAAUUAUAUACCCUGUGACGGUGUCAUAAGUUGAGGCAAGGGUUGGUGGAUCACGAAGAGGUUUGCGAAAUGUGAUUUUGCUGUGUGUGUGAAAUGCCAUCGUCACCAUGAGCCAUGGUCAAUCCACUGCUGGAUGAAGGCCUCCUCAAGCAGCCACCACCUCUCACGAUCCUGCUCAUGUAAUAUUCUGCCGGGCACUUGCACAUCAAUGGAUUAAAUCGCUCCAUCUCAUCAACUCAUGUCCUCUCGCAUGCCCUAUAUUCCAAAUGCAAAAAGACGGUCAAGGUUCAAAUCAACCGGCUGUGCACGGUGGCCAGGAGAUGGCAGCACAGCAAUACUCUGCAAUGUUGAUUUAUUCUGCAUCCACGGUUUUUGAUAACUGAUCAUUAUUGUGUUUAGUUUGUUGUCCUUCCCCCGCACCUCCGAUUAGCACGGUUGGCUACGCACUGCGGGGAAGUUCAACAAACGUGCAUUCAACAGCAUCUCAAUACGAAAUGGGGGUUUAAAGUAUUUACAUGUUUAGGUAGGGCGCCAUGCAUCACGCGUCAUAAAAUACAUAAUUUAAACUAUUGCAUUUUACCAGGUAAGGCCCACUGAGCUAUAUAGCUCUUUUUCAGACGCGGCCUGACCACACAUGAUAGCUCAACAAAGUGGUUUAGCAUGUGGACAUGUGCAGCAGCCAAACACUCUAAAUAAUCUAAACGCACGUUUCUAAGCGUGGAGGAUAACACCGGUGGACCUGGAGAAAAGUCCACGGGGUGAACACGCAAACUCCAAAUAUACAGCAGCAGCAGGCGUCAGGGUCUGGAUCGAACCCACGGCCUCUUGCAUACCAGGCGAGGUUGUUAACAUCUCCUAGCCACCGUGGCGAGAAAGGGGCCGUCACAGGCAGGGAGACGAGGAAGGUCUUGAGGCUGGACUUGAAUCGGGACAGGGAAACGACAGCACGGAUGACUACGGUAAGAAAUCCCAGACUAUGUGGGGGCAGAAGCAGAAAAGAAGGAGCGACUUUUCGCGCAGGGAACCUUCAGUUUCUGGAUCAAAAACCCUCCCCAGCCAUCCGUGCCCUCGACUCCCCACCACUAUUCAAGUGCAUGCUCAAUACUUUACUCUGCUGUCCCUCUCUUCAAGAUCUCCACAUCGACGCUGAUAAAAAAACAUGUUUUAAAUCAAACUAAUAUGUGUUUCUAAUUAUUCUAAGUUAAUAUAAUGUAGAGUGUUGUAAAUCGCUCUAUUUUGAGUCACUUAUUGGUGGAGUGUCCUGCACGGUAUCCGUGCCGCAAAAAUUUAACACAUUUACUGGGCCAGGGAACCCAACACAGAGGCGCAACUCUCAUUGGUUCGCGGGUAACGAAUCUUUCGCUGGGGCGCGUUCCGAUUGGUCCGCGGGCAACGAAUCAACGCCGGGGCGCGUUCCGAUUGGCUCGCGGUAACGAGUCGACACAAAUCGCGGCGCGCGCGUGGAUUUUGAAGUCGGCGCCGCGUCCGGGGCAAAGGGAAACGCGAUUCGUGUUUAAAAAUAAAAUAAUAAAAUACCGCUAAAUAUCAACGAAAACAAUCACAGUGAUAGUAAUAACUCACUGCCGGGCGUGAGCAUUUAUUUAUAAUUUUAAUUGUGUAUCAUCGCCGUCGUCAUCGGCCAUGAUCUACCCACUGCUAGGUGAUGGCCUCCCCACGCCUCCACCACUGCUCGCGACGUUCCGAAUCCGCCUGACGCCUUCACAAGAGCCGAUCUGAUCGCUCCGUCUCCCCGCACUGUGGCGGUGCCACCCGUCCUGCUCUUCACGAGUUGUCAACGCCACCCCACCGCUCACCCCGAGCGCCAUGCCCCUAGGGGAUGCUGCUGCUGCUGCUAUGAAGAAUGGAGACACAAAGCGCUUCGGCCAGAUGGAGUACACGGCCGUGGAGUACCAGGCAAUCCAGUCGGCGCUGCGCAAGCGCCUGGGCACCGAGUACAUCAGCCAGCGCCAGGGCCCCGGCGGACAGAAGCUUAACUAUGUCGAGGGCCACAAGGUGGUCAACCUCGCCAACGCGAUGUUUGGCUUCAACGGCUGGUCCCACUCCGUGUCGCAGCAGAACAUCGAUUUUGUAGAUUUUGUCGACGGAAAAUACUAUGUGGGCGUCAGCUGUUUUGUCAAGGUGGAGUUAAAGGACGGCGCCUACCACGAGGAUGUUGGCUACGGGGUGAGCGAGGGGCAGCGUUCCAAGGCGCUGUCGUUGGAGAAGGCGCGCAAGGAAUCGGUGACGGACGGACUCAAGAGGUCGCUCAGGUCCUUUGGUAACUGCUUGGGUAACUGCAUCCAGGACAAGGAUUACCUGAAAUGCAUCAACAGGCUGCCCAAGCCCCCAGCGCCGGUGUACGACCCCGCCGAUAUCAAGAACCCCAAGCAGGAGGCGCAACUGGAGCUGGCGCGCGUCUCCGGCAUCAACCAGUCGUGGCGCCAGCAAGCGGCCCGGCACAUCGCUGCAGCGCAAGCUGCCACUGCCGCUGGCGAGAAGACAGCAACAGCAGAGGAGGGGUCGGUGUCGAUGGAGGAGCAAGGAGAGGUCCCGCCGGGAGGGCCGCAGCCCACGGCCCCGUGCAGGGAGUCGGCGCCCGAGCUGCUGAGCGAGGACAAUCCCGACCAGGGGGCUCCUGGAAACCCCACGAGCACGCACGACAUUCGCCUGCUGCGCAAACAACUCCAGCAGCAGCAGCAACAGCGCUUUCGGCAGAGCAUGGCGAGCAAAGGCCAGCGCGGAGAAUCGGGAGAGGCGGCCGCGACAGAUAGCGGGAAGGUACCCACGGGAGCUGAUGGCAGCAGCAGCAGCGUGGUGAAGAAAGCAGAGAACAUCACAUCUAUCGACCGAGAGCUGAUGGAGCUGCUUCAGGGAGACAUGUGCGGGUACGAGGAGCCGACCAACGCAGUGGGGCCGAACGCCUGCCCGGCCGGCCCCUUGCCCAUCUCGCCCAGCCGCCACGCCAUGGUGACACGCAGCUGCACGCCAAAGAGGCCCGACCGCCGCUGCCCCAACGUACCGCCGCAGCAGGCCGCAGCCAAUGGGUGGACGGCCGACGGCAGCCCCAGACACAGGCCAGACGUGGGGGCGUCUGGCCACACGAGGCACGUGGCCAAGAGGCCACGCGUGGAGCCUCUGUGAGCGAGGGCGGUGCGGCCGGAGCAGGCCGGAAGGGCAGGAGGCGCCCACGACGCUGGGAAGUGGCGCUCACGUGGACCAGCAUCAGCAACCACAAGUUUUAAUAAUGAACUCUCAAUCUCUGUCGAUGAAUUAUCCGGUUGGUGGAUUAACCGUGCUUGAUAAUAAAAAAAUUACAUAUUAUUAGCUGCGCGUUGGUUUAUUAGUCGCUGCUCACUUAUCAAGGGUUCGUGACUUGAUGCCCAUGUGACCGCAAAGAGACACCGAUAAGAGUUUAAACCGAUAGACAUCGUUGGGCAGGGUGUUUUUUCCAGAGUGUAUAGGUUUUAUAGUAUAAGACAUUGCUUUCACAAUGUGUCAAUAAAGUUUUCAUUUAAACACG